AUGAACAAUGACGCUUUGAUUACAAUUGUCAACGAUUUCCUAAAUUCGUCUGAUGAUAGUGAUUCUGAGAGCGAUGCAGAUAUAGAUGAAUUAUUAUUAUUAAAUAUGAAUAGAAUAAUUCGUGGCAAAAGGCCAAGAUUGCAACAUUACAUUGAUGUUAUUGCUUCGUACGACGAUCAGGAAUUUAAAUCUAAUUUUCGUCUACAUAGAGAUACCUGCGAUUACAUUUUGGACCUCAUUCGAGCAGAUUUGGAGAAGUGGCCACAAUAUUUUGGGAAAUACCCUAUAUCAGCCAAUAGACAAUUGUACAUCGCAUUAUGGAUGCUGGCAAAUCCAGACUCGUAUAGAUCAGUGUACACAAAGUUUGAUAUCGGAAAAGCUACUGCUUGGCGAUGUGUACUGAAAGUCGUGAAGGCUUUGUACAAAUUGCGAAACGUUUUUAUAUCUUGGCCAACAAGGGAACAAGCCGAAGCGACAUGGACAAAAAUCGAAUUACAACACCAAUUUCCAGGAGUAAUAGGUAUAGUAGAUGGCACACUCGUGAAAAUACCUAAGUCCAAAAUUCAUCCUGAAGCAUAUAUAUGCAGGAAAAAUUAUCAUGCAAUCCAAUUACAGAUUGUAUGCAAUACAGAUAUGCGCUUCAUUCACUGUUACACGGGGCAACCAGGAUCAGUUCAUGAUAUGCAAACCUUUAUGUACUCUGGACUUCAGCAAAAAUCCAAUGAAUAUUCCUUUCCGGAAGACAGCCAUUUACUCUAG